UUGUCUGUUCUUCGUCGUCGAGCUCGCGUGCUUGCUUGGUUCUGGUCCUGUCGACAUUCUGAUCCCGUGGAGGUUUUUCUCAUUUCUUCUAGUUACGUAUGUGUUUAUUAGUAGUGUAGUCCGGCCUGUGAGGCUAGGGUUACAUGAAAUGACGUAGUAUCGAAGUUGGGUUUGAAGCACUUUGGAGAUUGAGUGGUGGUGUAGGAGGAUCGAAGAGUUUUGGGAGUUGGAGGAAAGGAGGGGAGGAAAUGGGGCAGGGGCAGUCGGGAGGAUUGCCAAAGCAGGGUCCUGGCGGGGACCGCACCAAGGGAGAUGGUGGCAAGAAGGAGAAGAAGUACGAGCCCGCGGCACCGCCGUCACGCGUUGGACGCAAGCAGCGGAAACAGAAGGGUUCCGAGGCUGCGGCGCGGUUGCCCGUGGUCACUCCCGCGACCAAAUGUAAGCUGCGAUUGCUGAAGCUGGAACGUGUGAAGGAUUAUUUAUUGAUGGAGGAGGAAUUUGUGACGAAUCAGGAGCGGUUGAAGCCGCAGGAGGAUAAGAACGAGGAGGACCGGUCGAAGGUUGAUGACCUGCGAGGGUCGCCAAUGAGCGUUGGUAACUUGGAGGAAAUCAUUGACGAGAAUCACGCUAUUGUGUCAUCGUCCGUGGGUCCUGAGUAUUAUGUGAAUAUUUUAUCGUUCGUGGACAAGGAUCAGCUCGAGCCUGGUUGCGCAAUCCUCAUGCACAACAAGGUCCUUUCAGUUGUGGGAUUGCUGCAAGAUGACGUGGACCCAAUGGUUUCUGUUAUGAAAGUUGAAAAAGCUCCUCUAGAGUCAUAUGCUGACAUUGGUGGAUUAGACCCUCAGAUUCAAGAAAUCAAGGAAGCAGUGGAGCUACCUCUAACACAUCCAGAGCUUUAUGAGGAUAUUGGUAUCAAGCCUCCCAAGGGUGUAAUUUUGUAUGGUGAACCAGGAACUGGAAAGACGCUCCUUGCUAAGGCUGUUGCAAAUUCCACGUCUGCUACAUUUCUCCGCGUUGUUGGGAGUGAGCUGAUACAGAAGUAUCUGGGUGAUGGACCAAAGUUGGUACGAGAGUUGUUUCGGGUUGCAGACGAAUUGUCUCCUACCAUCGUCUUUAUUGACGAAAUUGAUGCCGUCGGUACGAAGAGAUACGAUGCUCACUCCGGUGGAGAACGAGAAAUUCAGCGGACUAUGUUGGAGUUGUUGAAUCAGUUGGAUGGAUUUGAUGCUCGUGGUGACGUAAAAGUCAUUCUGGCUACUAAUCGUAUCGAAAGCCUGGAUCCGGCUCUGCUUCGACCUGGUAGAAUUGAUCGCAAGAUUGAGUUUCCAUUGCCAGAUAUCAAAACCAAGAGGAGAAUUUUCCAGAUUCAUACUUCUAGAAUGACUAUGGCUGAUGAUGUAAACCUAGAGGAGUUUGUGAUGACCAAAGAUGAGUUUUCUGGUGCUGACAUUAAAGCUAUCUGUACGGAAGCUGGUCUUCUUGCAUUGCGUGAGCGCCGCAUGAAGGUGACUCAAGUCGAUUUCAAGAAGGCUAAAGAGAAAGUGAUGUAUAAGAAGAAGGAGGGCGUGCCUGAGGGUUUGUACAUGUAGAGUAUUCAGUACAGGUGGUAAACUUUCCUGUAUAUUUGCCUUACGUGUCUUUCGAUUCAAUUGGUUCAUUGUUAUCCUUACCAAGAUCAAUUGUGUAUGGCUUGGUGAUUGGAAGUUAAUUAGAAGGGAAAUCAUUUCUGAUGUUUUUUUUUCUCCCCUUCUGGAUCUUUUAGGUAAGCUUUUAUCUAUACUCGAUUAAGAAUAAUUUUGAUGAGUUCUUCAUUGAAUGCUGCUAGAUUCACCUGAAGUGAACACUUCCUAGGCAGUCAGAAACUUCAUCAAGUACCUUCACCUUGACAGUCUGCGUGGUAUGACUAGCAGCAGCAUUUAAGGUAGCCGACCCAUAAAAUGUGUAUUUAAGGUAAAGGUAGCCGUCCCAUAAAGUAAUUCAUUGUUUUUGAGUGAGAUUGUUGUCACCAUUUUUCCUUGUUUCUGCUCAUCUCCGAAUCCUAUGUCACACAUCCACUAUUUUUCAACUGCCACAUAAAAUGUGUUCAAAUUUAGCUCAUA